GCGAUCUCGUUCGAGGCUUGGCUGUAUAGCUGACAGAUCUACUACGCACAGAAGUGAGGGCUUGUCACCCUUCGGCGGUAGUAGAGAUAAUGUCCUACCCCCCUGGGACCACCUUACGCCCCGAGGAGCUGGAAGAUGACGAUCAACCACUGAUGGAGGGGAAUGGUGCUCCCAGUCCGAAAGUUCAGGACGAGGAAGAAAGAGAUCUGGUCAGACGAUAUGAAGAUUUCUCCACCGUUGAUUGGAUCCACGACUCUCUUCAUGAACGUGACCGCCGAGCUAAACCUAUUCCGUCUCAAAACCCUCUCUUUGCACGAUUGAACUCCUCCACAGGUCUACUUGGGCACUUCUGGCGUAUGUUAAAUCAUGCGUUUGAGGAAGGCCAGAGCUGGGUUGUCAUCUCCCUCGUCGGUGUCGGCAUCGGAUUCUCCGCGGCACUGAUCGCCAUCAUAACAGCCUGGCUGUCCGACAUGAAGAUGGGCUAUUGUACCACUGGCUGGUGGCUAAGCCAGAAAUUCUGCUGUCUUGAGAUAUCCGACGAAGGUGAAGGAUGUGCGGAAUGGCGUAAUUGGGGUGGUGUUGAACCAUUCCGUUGGAUCGCUUACAUUCUCUUUGCGUCAUUGUUCUCAUAUUCUGCCGCUUACCUCGUCAAAUCCUUUGCGCCGUAUGCCGCUGGUUCUGGGAUUUCAGAAAUAAAGUGCAUACUGGGAGGUUUCAUCAUCAAGGGGUUUCUGAGUGCAGAGACUUUUGCCAUCAAAGCGCUCACCAUGUGUCUUGCUAUCGCCUCCGGAUUGUCCGUCGGAAAAGAGGGCCCCUCAGUGCAUGUUGCCUGUAGUUUGGGCAAUGUCAUUGCGAGACUCUUCCACAAAUAUGACCGGAGCCAUUUGAAGAUGCGAGAGAUCGUCACUGCCUCAUCUGCAGCAGGUGUAGCGGUGGCUUUUGGGUCGCCCAUCGGCGGCGUGCUCUUCUCUAUCGAGGAGAUGAAUCAGACAUUCUCCAAUCGGACCAUGUGGCAAUCCUUCGUCUGUGCUCUGGUUGCGACCUUCACUCUCGCCUCAAUGGAUCCGUUUCGGACCGGCAAGCUGGUCUUGUUCCAGGUUUCAUACGACCGUGAUUGGCAUUACUUCGAGAUACCAGUUUACGUCCUAAUUGGCAUCUUUGGUGGACUGUAUGGAGCUUUUGUCAUCAAAUUCAACCUUCAAGUGGCUGGCUUUCGCCGCAAGCAUCUUGGGCAACAUGCUAUCGCCGAAGCGGUGACCUUGGCUACUAUCACUGCUUUCAUCGGUUACCUCAAUCGCUUCCUUCGAAUUGACAUGACGGAGAGUUUGGAGGUGCUAUUCAGAGAGUGCGAAGGGGGAGGGAAUCGAGCCGGCCUUUGCCAAUCGUCGUCCCAAUGGAGAAUGGUCAACUCACUAUUGCUAGCCACGAUCGUUAGGACCGUACUCAUUGUGGCAUCGUAUGGAUGCAAAGUACCAGCGGGUAUAUUUGUCCCUUCAAUGGCGGUGGGCGCGACGUUCGGCAGGAUGAUGGGUAUCCUCAUGAAGGCUCUUCAACAAUCGUACCCAGAAGCGCCUUUGUUCGCCGCCUGUCAACCAGAUGUCCCAUGUAUCACCCCCGGUACAUAUGCAUUUCUCGGAGCCGCUGCUGCUAUGGGCGGAGUCACGCGGCUUACAGUCACCGUUGUCGUGAUCAUGUUCGAACUCACAGGAGCCUUGACCUAUAUUCUACCUACAAUGCUCACUUUGCUUGUGACCAAGGCAGUGAGCGAUCAAUUCGGAGGAGGAGGUAUUUCAGAUCGAAUGAUCCGCUUUAACGGUUAUCCUUUUUUAGAAAAAGAGGAUAAAGAAGAUGGCGAGGCCUUUAUCGAGCCAAUCGCGAAUGUCAUGAGAAAAGAUCUUGUGGUUAUGUAUGCUUCAGGCAUGCCACUCAGUGCCAUAGGUGAAAUAGUGCAGAGCACAAAUUAUCAAGGGUUUCCCGUGGUUAGAUCAGAGGAGGACAGGACGAUCAUUGGGUUUGCUCGAAAAACCGAGCUACGUUUUGCGUUAGAGAAAGCGACGAGAACCCGAAAUUUGAGUGUCAAUGCCACUUGCACUUUCCAGUGUAUAAGUGACGAUGUCAAUAAGACAAAUGCCUCAUUAGCCCAACCUGACAUCAUCGUUUCGCCCAGUACCAACACCCGAACACGACAGAUCAGUGCUUCCGGAAGAGAAGAGUUGCGCAGGACUAGUGGGCUGGAGGCGGAUCAAGUGGAUUUUGGUCAAUAUGUGGAUGAAACCCCUCUGACAGUCUCACCGAAAAUGCCUCUGGAAAUAGUCAUGCAACUUUUCCGACGUAUGGGUCCUCGUGUGAUCUUAGUAGCUGACAAAGGUUUACUCAUGGGAGUAGUAACAGUCAAAGAUGUUCUCAAACAUGAAGUUCAUCAACAUCACGUCACUUCUCCCAGACUCCAUCAACAUUCUCCAUCUUCCUCCCAACCACUCCAGACUAGAGAUUCGUCAAUGGAUCACGGAUGGCAAGAUUGGGGUGUUGUGGAAGAAGGACGUGGAAGAGGAUUGGAGAUUGCGUUAGAGGAAGCUUUAACUUGGGUGAGGACGAAAGGUGUUGGUUUGAUAAAUGUUGGAUAUGGAAUAUUGAGGAGUAGAAUGGGAAGAGCUUCGAGUGGAACGAACGGGAAUGGUAACAUUGGGACAAGUGGGGUAGAGAGAGAUGAGUAUGGUUUUGAAUUGAGUGAGGCGAGGGAUGUGGAAGGAGAAGCGGGUAGAGGGGAGGAAAGACGGUGA